CGCUGCGAGCGCUGGCGGGGGAUCACCGGGUCGUGAGGCUGGCGGCCGGUGCCAACCACUCGCUGCUGCUCUCCGGGUCGGGGGCAGUGCUGGCGGCGGGGCAGGGCAGCUUCGGAGCGCUGGGACUCGGCGAGGGGCGGCUGGAGAACCGGUCCACUCCGGUGCCUGUGCCGCUGCUGCUGCCGCUGGGUAUUGUGCAGGUUGCCGCCGGGGAGAACCACAGUGCGGCGCUGGCAGCGGAUGGCCGGGUGCUCACGUGGGGUCGCGGCAAGUACGGGCAGCUGGGUCACGGCGAGUGGGGCAACCGGGGCAGCCCGGCACUGGUGGCAGCUCUGCGGGGGCGCCGGGCGGUGCAGGUGGCAUGCGGAGGGGACCACACUCUGGUGCUGAUGGCCGCUGCCGCACCGGCGGGAGGGGAG